GCUUUCUCCUCUUCUAUCGCCGACGGUGCAACCACGCGUUUGCCCCUCCAUUGAAUCAUCUAGUUUGCGCAACCCGUCUUUACUAGACCGUGCUAUUUUGUUCAUUUGAAUAAUCGCGACAUUUGUGACGCUGGCAGUAGGCGAUCAAGACUUCUAACUGAGACGAAGGACCCUGAGUUCCUUGUUGCGCCGGAUUUCCACCAGAGUGCGGGAACAAUGGGAUUCCUUUGACUGCAAACAACGCUGGCUCUACGGCCACGAUAUCCUCUAGUUACACCUCGAACCCUCACAGCCCUGCAAUCUGCUGCCAGUAUAUGCGCGCCUGUUUGCGGCGUGGGACGUCACUCCGCAUCCAUCAGAACUCUGGUCCAAGGGAACGACUUGGCGUAUAGGGACCGUCGACGCUAUAUUGAACCGAUCGGCAGCAACAAUUUUCGCGACGAAGCACCGGCAUCCGAUUACUUGACGAUCCGUCAACAAGACCUGGCUGAUUUUCCCGUCCCGCCCGCUCUCUCGAUUGUACUCUCAUACCCAAACUUUGACACAACCGCCAUAAUGCCCCCCAAAAUGGACCAAAAUAAGAAGCGGAAGCUGGACAAGAAAGCGCCCAAAUACUAUGCAGUACGGGUGGGUUACAGUCCAGGUGUAUAUCUUCACUGGCCGGACUGUCAAAGGAUGAUAUCGGGAUAUCCUGGGGCUUCCUGUAGGUGCUCCAAGGCUGGGGUUCCUGCGGGCCCCUCUUCCAGUGUUUUCCAGUUUUCUGACCUUGACAUAACCCCUCUGCUCAUAGAUAAAAGCUUCCUCACCCUCGCUGAGGCAGAGGCAUUUGUAGCGGGCCAGAAUCCAGGCGGCAACUCGGACAAGUCGGAAAAGUACUAUGCCGUCGCGAUCGGCAACCGUCCUGGCGUAUACACGGACUGGAACGAGGCGCAGAGGGCAUACACGGGGGUAAAGGGGCCCAAGUACAAAAAGUUCUCGACGAGGGCCGAGGCGGAAGAGUUUAUGCGUGUGUUUGGACCCAGGACACAAAAGUCAACUGCUCCGGUGUCGGAAGCAGAGGAAGACGAGGAAGAUGAAGAAGACGAGGACGGAGAUGAAGGCGCAGAGGAGGACAGCAGCGAAGUCGACCUGGACGAUUUUGACGAGCCGCCUGCCAAGAAGGCCAAGACAGCACCCGAUGGUAUGACCGAAGUCUACACAGACGGCAGCAGUAUGGGGAACGGCAAAAAGAACUCGGCGGCUGGAAUUGGGGUGUUCUUUGGUGUGGGAGAUCCCAGAAACCUCUCGGAACAGCUUCAUAAUGGGCCCCAAACAAACCAACGUGCUGAACUUACGGCAAUACUGCGUGCCCUCCAAUCCCUUGGGGCGAACGAGGGCGUCCGAAUAUUUUCCGAUUCAAAAUACAGCAUCAGCUGCGUCUGCGACUGGUACAAGAAGUGGCAGACCUCGAACUGGACCACGAGCGCUGGCAAGGAGGUUAUGAACAAGGACCUGAUCCAACCAAUCAGGCGACUCAUAGAGCAGAGAGAGAAGCGUGGUGUCAAGACCGAGUUUGUUUGGGUGAAGGGACAUGCAGCCACUGAGGGCAAUGUGCAGGCUGACCUGCUGGCAGUCGAAGGGGCCAAGAUGGCUAGACUUGCACAAUCAAGCUGAGGAUUUGAAAUGACAUGGAAGGUUUCUGUUGCCUUUGGUUGGUGAUUGGGGGGCCUGCAGCACACGGAUCGUUGGGCUUUUCUCACCAUCCCGAGUAAUUUGUCUUGGCAUGCACUGCCGACUUGUUUCUAGCGGUAUGUCUCUUGUCUAUGACUCUGUUCAAGGAUGGCGCAAGGGCGAGGUUUGCCACCCUGACUUUGACAAUUUGUUUUGUUUUGGCACUUGUUGUUUCAUUAUAUACUUGCGUGUACCUUUGUGUGUUUUUUUAGCCGAGAUAUACCCUAUGAAUUUCACAUUGAGUGGUCACUUAUCAUUGCGG